CUCGUUGUCAUUCUGGUUACACAAUUUGUCCAAGUCAGUCAGGUCACGUCAGUCUAUUUUCCUAAUCUCAAUUUGCCUCAAUUUGUAUGAAUUUAAUAACUUGUAUAAACUGACUACAAUCAAGUACUUCACAUUGCCAUCUUAUUUCUCACCGAUCCACACACAUAUUUGCACACAUUUCAAUACCCAUAAUCAGGGAACAUUCAUUUUAAUCACUCACACAAACCCCCUGCUCGUUGGGAGCCGUCAUCCCCAUCAUGUGGAGUCAUCCAACAUUUACUACCAUUUUUCAUCAUCAUUUAAAAGAGGUAGAUAAAUGGCCAGUGACGCACAAAACGAUCCCCCCAUGUCCAAAAUCACCUCUUGAUUUCGCCAUUUAGAAAAGUUACACUGCAGAUUUGUCCAAAUUGUACCGUCUCCACUAAAACCAUAGUCAUGUCCAAAUCUUGAAUAUUUGCCUGGUUUGGUCCAGCCAACGUGUUCAUGUCCACGUCCACGCAUUUACAUACGAUGCAUUCUAUCAGAUAAAGGUAUGCAUAAGUUAAUUAUGAUUGACUGUGAAUCGACAUAUUUUUUGCGGUGCCAGUAAAGAGUACGGAAGUGAGGAUGUCGUUAUGUUAUUGUGCAUAAUGCUGGUUCCUUUUUGUCUCGUGUACCUUUGCCGUGAGAGAUUGGAACCAGUUUAUGAAUUUUUCAGCCCAAUUUUCCUCAUUGAGAGAGCCAACUACUUGCAGCAAUUAAAUUGCAAGCAUCAACCAACACUAUUAAAUAGUCAUGGGAUAACAAUAUUAAUUGACACUGGUUCGGUUGGCACCUCAACUGGGAAGGUGUUGUGACUUUUUUUCGACGAUUUUCCUGUAACAACUUUGCAGAAAUUUCACAUACUGAAGAAGCCAAUUGCACACCAUGUUCCAUCACCUUGCAUUUAAUAAGCGAUCAUCUUUAAUAACUCGCAAAUCAAAAUUUGUCGUUUUUCAUGACUUGACAACAUACAUAAAAACCAGUUGAAAUAUCCAGUAAGUUUUCCUCGUUUGCCAUUUAGGCAAAAAUGCACUUUGUAAUGGUCCAACGAGAUAUACCAAUGCAAUGGAUAAUCAGUUACAGACAAUGCUUUUCGCAGGUUAAACGCCGAAGCUUGUUUCAUCGUAGACUGGAAAUUUAACAUAUUACAGAUUUUAUUGUAAUAAAAAGAAUAAAAUGCGAAAUAGUAUCACUUUCUUUGGCAUUUUUGGACUGGUUUUUACAAGUGUGAGUUGCGUGUCGUACGAUGAAGACGUAAGUUUAAGUGCAAGCCAGGCCAGUGCGUUUCAACAGUUCAAGGCACACGUUAUUCCCAAACUGAAAAGGGAUUUUGAGAAAGAAGACUUGUAUCUUCUCCAAUUUCUCAGAGCAAAGAAAUUCGAUGUUGAUGAAGCCGAGCGAUUUAUUUUAAGGGAGUCGAAAUGGCGGACAGAGCAAGGCUUUGACGGCAUCCAUAACGAGGACUGGUCUGACAUGGAGUGUUGUUAUCCGGUUUUUCUCGAGGGCGUCGAUCGUGAAGGGAAACCACUUUUGAUCUUCGACAUUGGUGAAUGGGAUAUUCGAGCGGCCGUUGUGGCGGGAAAAGCGGACCGUAUGGCGAAAUGGAUGUCGAAAAAUUACGAUUUAGCGAGAAUGCGAACCCGUGAGCUGGGCAAGGAGGGGAAAAACGUGACCAGAUUUAGCCUCAUAUACGACAUGAAGGGCUUCAGCGCCACCAGUAUCUCUGCCGCAAGCCUCCCGUUUUACGCGACGGCUGCAACUGCGCUGGACCAACAUUUUCCGAACAUGUUUGAUAAAUUGUUUCAGCUCAAUAGUCCACCCAUUUUCGAAACGGUUGUGCAAGUGAUGCGUCCCUUGAUGAGCUACGGAACGCAGUCCAAGUCUAUGGAAAUCGGAGGGAGGAGUGGGCACCCAAAAUUAGGAAGUGGAUCCACCCCUCACAAAUCGCCAAGCGAUACGGUGGCGACAAAGAGGACGUCAAUUAUUAAAAACUAUUUCACAUACCUGGUUUAAAUUUGUGAAUAGAUUCUUGUACACAAAUCGAAUAAAUAACAUGUGCAAAAUCA